AUGGAACCGGAUGCAUUCAAAGGCAAAUGGGUGAAAGACACAAACCACCCUAGGGAACCAAGAACUGGAAGACAAUACGAAAAUGACAUACAAAAGCAAGAGACAUCACCUCACAAAACUAAAAGACACAAACAAAUAACAGGUGACCAUGCAGAGGCAUUCUGCUCUAUACAGUGGACACCGCACGGUUUAUUCAAUAUUGAUGACCA